AUGAAGUCGGAUGAACACGCUAAGGGUCCCAGUUUAUCAUGUUCUUCUAUUCGCACUUCCACCUUCUCCUCAACGUUGAUGUCCGCUAGCACCCAUGCCGCGCGUCAUAUCAUCAUCGUCGGCGGAGGCAUUAUAGGGUGCACCACAGCAUACUACCUGACACGGCAUCCCUGUUUUCACAAUUCCACAAUAACCUUACUCGAAGCAUCGCAUCACGGAGCAGCGCAAGGCGCUAGUGGGAAAGCGGGUGGUCUGGUCGCCCGCUGGGCGUAUCCGAAAGAGAUUGUUGAUGUCUCUUUUGAGGAACACGUGAAGCUUGCGAAGGAGCAUGGCGGACAGGACCGUUGGGGCUGGCGGUUUGUGGAUGUGGGAAGCUGGGAAGGGCGCGGUGAAGUUUUGGAACAAGAGGAAGACCCGGGUAACCUUGCGCGGAAGAAGAGUCUCGAGAAGACGCGUGGGCUGACUGUGGACAGCGGCACUCGCACACAGAAGGGACUGCCAGACGAUCUGAUUUGGGUCAAGGAGCACCUGACGGAGUCGUAUUCGCCGAUGGCUCGAUCUGGGGCAACAGCACAAGUCCAUCCGUAUCUUUUCACCACAAGUAUGCUUGAGCUGGCGAAAGAGAAGGGUCUGCAAGUCAAAAUUGGCUGCGCAGCGACUAAACUUGUUUACUCGAGCACCAACCAAAUCACUAGUGUCGAAUAUAAAGACUCGACGGGAAGUGGGUCUAUUACCGCGACAGAUGUCAUCAUCUGCGCCGGUGCUUGGUCACCCAAUUUGAUCCCUGGUCUCCCUAUUGAAGGCACGAGAGCCCACAGCGUUGUAAUUCGAACGCCGCCAACCAAGCCAAUCGCGCCAUACGUCCUGUUCACGGAGAUCACAUGUAUAGGACAAGGAGUCAACACACCGGAAAUCUAUGCUCGGCCUGAUGGAACCGUUUAUGCCUGUGGGCCUGGUGACGAGUCGCCGCUUCCCGACAAUGUCGAUGAUGUUGUCGUUGAUUCCACUGCUUGUCAGGUCUUGUUGCGCAACGUCUCCAGUAUAUCCGACCAACUGCGAGACGGCGAGGUGGAAAAGCGUCAGGCGUGUUUUCUGCCAGUCUCAAGUGUUGGUGGCGGGCCGAUUAUUGGCCAGAGGUCUCCUGGCCUCUACAUCGCGACAGGACAUACGUGCUGGGGAAUCAGCAAUGCUCCAGGCACCGCGAAGGCAAUUUCUGAGCUGGUUCUCGACGGCAAGAUUCGUUGCGCUAACCUCAAGUCGCUCCAGCCCUCCAAGUUUUUCUGA